AUGGACAAUUUUAUUGAAAUAUUUUCAAAAAUCGAUAAAAACUAUGAUGACGUUAUCACGAAGGAAGAAUUAGAGAAAUUCACCAUAGAGAAUCAUCUGGAUAAGCAAAUGGUUAACAGAUGGUUAGAUUUAUUUUCGGAAGAGACAUCGAAUUAUAUUACACUUCAAAGGUUUUUAAGUGUUCUGGGUAUUGCAAAAGAGCAAUAUGAAAUAAUACGAAGAAAUACAAUCCAACAGAACGCAGCAUUGUUUAAACUUGGUUCAGAUAUUGAAUACAUUUCUGGUGACAUGAUGUUAUCACAACAAAUCAAUGUCACCAAUGAAGUUAGAAAAUUAUAUCAAGAAUAUAAAUCUGAAAAUAAGCUGUUGAUUGCUACAAAGCUUAAAGAAUUUCUAGAUAAAACAUUUGGCAGAGCGUGGCAUGUUACAGUGGUGGAUGGUUCGUUUGCCAGUGCACAUACAGAAGAAGUUAAUACUUCAUUCCAUUUCAAAAUGAAAAAUCUUUGUAUUAUUAUAUGGAAAACACCAGAUUGUAGAAAUGAAAAAUUGAUAAAAUGAUUUCAGUAAUAAAUGCAUUCAGGCAGGAAAAACGUGUUUUAACAAAUUGGAAACGACUUUCCGAAUUCAUAUAUACAUGAGUAAAUAAAUAACAUGAGUAAAAUAAUUCAUAUUCCGAGUUACAGACGAAGAAACUGUCAAGAACGGUAACCACAACGUAGAUAUCAGUAAAACAAUUAGUCAGUAACGCUAGUUUAAGUAGUGGAUUACAAGAAAGUAUUUGAUUG